AAGGGGUGUGUACUUGUAGGAGUGAGUUACGAGAGAAAAACUAAUCGUGCUUGUUCGGUAGCAGUGCAGAACCCGUGUCCCUCUCGCUCUUCUGUCGGAAAUGGAGCGGUGGAAAGGCAGAGUGGCCCUUGUUACGGGAGCCUCGGUUGGGAUCGGAGCAGCUAUAGCUCGUACUCUUGUCCAGCACGGCAUGAAGGUGGUCGGCUGCGCUAGGAAUGUGGAGAAAAUAGAGAAGCUGUCGGCGGAGUGCCAGAGCGCGGGCUACCCCGGCACCCUGGUGCCGUACAAGUGCGACCUGACGAGCGAGGAGGAGAUCCUGUCCAUGUUCUCCGCCGUCAAGACCCUUCACCAGGGCGUGGACGUGUGCGUGAACAACGCAGGCCUGGCCUGCAAUGAGCCCCUGCUCAGCGGGAAGACCGACGGCUGGAGGACCAUGGUCAACGUGAACAUUCUAGCAUUGUCAAUCUGCACACGUGAGGCUUACCAGUCAAUGAAGGAGAGAGGUGUGGAUGAUGGCCAUAUUAUCAACAUCAACAGUAUGAGUGGACACAGGGUGGUGGCCAAUGCUGUCACGCACUUCUACUCUGCCACCAAGUACGCUGUGACUGCACUCACAGAGGCUCUGCGACAGGAACUGCGGGAAGCCAAGACUCACAUACGAGCCUCGUGUGUGUCUCCUGGGUUAGUGGAAACUGAGUUUGCCUUUCGACUUUACAACAACAACCCAGAGAAAGCCGCUGCCACUUAUGAACAAAUCAAGUGCUUGGAAGCAACUGAUGUAGCCAGCGCAGUAAUGUAUAUCCUCAGCACACCUCCACACGUGCAGAUCGGAGAUGUCCUAAUGAGGUCGGUCGAGCAGGUGGUCUAGCGGUGUGUCGCGAUGCAGCUGGAGCGCACGUUGGGGGCAUCGCCCUCUCUACAGCGACACCUGCUGGGCACACGAGGCAUUAAUCUGGACGGGAGGAUUCAGGGCGGGUGGGAGAGCAAAUCCUGUGACCUGGUUGUGGUUUUUACUCGAGGCAACGCAGCGGAAGACGACGGGGGGAAUUAUUCAGAGUGCGGCAGCAAUUGAACGUAUGAUUUCAGCUCCUCCAUGUUCUCGAGCCUUGCACACGCGUCGGUGACUGUGAUAAGGCAUCGCCUCUUAUUUGUUCGUCCUGAACACGGGCGCAUUCCAGGUUUAAAGUGAAAACGCACUGUUUUCACUUUAUGUGUGUGUGUGUGUGUGUGUGUGUGUGUGUGUGUGUGUGUGUGUGUGUGUGUGUGUGUGUGUGUGUGUGUGAUGUUGCACUUUUGUUUAGGAAGUAAAGUAAAAAAUAAAGAUUUUUGAAAUGGUGGUAUUUUUGAAAAGCAUCACACAUUUGAUGGUAAUGAAGUAUGCUCAAUAGCUCUUAAAGUCAUGCUCAGAUUUUCACCUUUUAUGUUCGAGAGCACAGCUGCUUCACUAGCUGUAGUGUAACUUCCUUCAUCCAUUUAGCUUGAGUGCUGCCAUGUCUACCGUGCUGCAUGUCAUUCACCACCCCUGUGUGCGUUCCCAAAAUGUCCUCUUUAGAAUGGUUUGAAUGUAAAAUGUUAUAUUCUGACAGUUUUUACCCCUAAGUGAGCAUUUGUCAUGAUUAAAAGUACUACUAUUUUGAAAUGUGUAAUCUGAUGUGUAUAAUGUUUAAUAUGUGUCAUUUGUUACUCUGUGACAGUUGGCACUAAAUCAUGCUUGUUUCUAAGUGCCUUUCUGGUUUUGCCAGGGAAACUAAAAAUCACCCUCAGCAAUACCUGAUUUAGCACUUCUAAUAUGCUAAGUAUUCAUGAUAAUGAGGAGAUUCAUCUCUUCAGGAUAUCUGUACAGAGAAUCAUUUAAAAGCAUGUGAUUUUGAAUUGCUUGUGCCAAUAUCUCCACUCCCAAAGCCCUGAUAAAUCUUGCCAAAAGAUGCAGGCUCAUGUCAUAUUGCAGAGGUUAUUUUAUUUAAUGAUAUUGAACAAAAUAGAAUUUAAAAUAUGAAUAUUGAUCAUGCUGCAAAUGUUAAAAUGUUCAGCUGCUUUGGCUGAUAACAACAAGGUUUUGAUUAAUAAAGUAAAAUCUGAAUGCUG